CGCGCGCGGCGGCCGCGUCAGGGGGCGGCGCCAGGGCGGGAAAGUCGAGGUCGCGGGGCGGCGACGGCGCGCGCGGGCUGCGGAGCCGCGGGGCUGAGGGCGGCGGCGCGUGCGGCCUUCCGCGGGCUCCCGGCGCCGGCGGUCGCGCAGGAAAUAAUUUAACUGCAAAAGAGUGACGAAAAUGGUUUCCAAAAGAAGACGGUUGUCAAACUCUGAGGAUCAGGAGGACCAGAGAGAAGAGGAUUCCAAUGCCGCGAGUCAACCACUGCCCCAAACCACAGAGAAACCUCGUGCUCAAAAUGAAGAAAAUGACAAUGUCUUUGUAAAUCUUCUUAAGGCCUCAGGAUUAAUUCUUAAGACAGGGGAGAGUCAGAAUCAGCUUGCUGUGGAUCAAAUAUUAUUUCAAAAGAAACUUGUUCAGACUCUGAAGAAACAUCCUUCUUACCCCCAAAUAAUAGAAGAAUUUGUCAGCGGCCUGGAGUCUUACAUUCAGAACCGAGAAGCCUUCAGGAACUGCCUCUUGUCCUGUGAGCUGCUGCAGGAUGAAGGAACCAGCGGGGACAGUUCUUUCUGUAAGAGCCUCAUCAAAUUGCUGCUGGGGAUUGACAUAUUACAGCCUGCCAUUGUCAAAACCUUAUUAGAACAGUUGCCAGAAUUUUUUUUCCAAAGCAGAAGCAGCGACGGCAUCAGCAUGCCGCGGCUCAUCAUCAGCCAGCUCAAGUGGCUUGACCAAGUCGUGGACCCCCAGGAGCUCGCCGCCAAGCUCAUGGAGCUGAUCCGAGUUGCCCCCGAGCACCUGCAGGAGGACCUGAUCACCAGCCUGCCCGAGAUCCUCGGGGACGCCCAGCACGCGGAGGUGGGGAAGGAGCUCAGUGACCUCCUGUCAGAGAACUCCCAGCUCGCGCUCCCCAUCCUGGAUGUUCUUUCCAGCCUUCAGCUUGACCAGCAGCUCCUGACUAAGGUUCGCCAAAUGGUGAUGGGUAAGCUGUCAUCUAUAAGGCUGGACGAUUUACCCGUGAUCGUCAAGUUUAUUCUUCACACUGUAACACCCGAAGACACACUGGAGGUCAUUUCUGAGCUUCGGGAGAGGUUGGAUCUGGAGCAUUUCAUUCUGCCAUCUCAGUUGCUGGCUUCUCAGCUCAGACUGAAAUGCAGAGGACUCGCGUGCUCUUUGGGCUAUCCAGAGGAGAGCUCUCGGGACUGCGUGACACUGUUCUUUGAUGUGAUCAAGUCAUCUAUUCGGUACGAGAAGAACAUCUCCGACGCCUUCCUUAAGGCGAUUGAGAAUGUUCCCACUGAGACUGAGCACAAGACCUUCGACCUGGUGGUGCUCCUCCUCAUCUACAGCACCAACACCCAGUCCAAGAAGGUCGUCGAGAAGGUGCUGAGGAACAAGAUCCGCUUAAACUGCUUCGACCAAGAGCUGUUGGACGGGACGUUCAUCAUUCAUCACUUGGUCCUGAAGGAGAUUUUCCCAUCCAUUCUGUCACUGGCCCAGAUCUUGUUGCACUCCGUAGACCAGUCCAUCAAUUUUUUUGGCAGUCUUCUAUACAAAUAUCCAUUUAAGUUUUUUGACACUUAUUGUCAGCAGGAAGUGGUGGGGGCCCUGGUGACCCAUGUCUGCAGCGGGAACGUCGUGGAAGUGGACACUGCUCUGGAUGUCCUCUUGGACUUGGUAGCUCAAAACCCGCCUGCCAUGAGGCGAAAUGCUGUCGUGGUGAAGGACAUUUUAGACUACCUUGAUAAUAUGAGCCCCACGCAGAUCCGAAAGCUCUUCUACAUCCUCAGCUGCCUGGCAUUCCGCAAACAGCACGAAACCAGCAGGUACAUCCAGGAUGACCUGCACCUGGUGGUCCGGAAGCAGCUCUCCAGCACCAUGUUCAAGUACAAACUGAUCGGCAUCAUCGGGGCCAUCACCAUGGCUGGCGUCAUGGCGGUAGACAGAAGUCGGUCUUUCAGUCUGACCCAGCGGCGAGCAGAGCUGAGCGAUGAGCAGUGCGCACAGGUGACCUCCUUGCUCCAGCUGGUUCGUUCCUGCAGCGAGCACUCCCCUCGCGCCUCUGCGCUCUUCUAUGACGAGUUCGCCAAUCUGAUCCAAGUCGGAAGGCUGGCUCCCAAAGCCUUGGAAUGGAUUGGACAGACCAUCUUCAAUGACUUCCAGGACGCCUUCGUGGUGGACUGCCGUGCCUCGGAAGGCAACUAUCCGUUUCCCGUGAAAGCUCUUUACGGCCUGGAAGACUGUAGCAGCCAGGAGAGGAUCGCCAUCAACCUCCUGCCGUUGGUCGCUCGGGACUCGGCGACAGAAGGGGCUGGAGCAGCUUCAGGGGAAUCAGAACAAAAAUUGGUGUCCCCACUGUGCCUGUCUCCCUUCUUCCGCCUGCUGCGGCUCUGUGUGGAGAGAAAGCACGACGGCAACUUGGAGGAGAUCGAUGGCUUGUUGGACUGCCCUCUGCUCCUCACCGACCUCGCCCCCGACAACAGACUCGAGUGCAUGUCUGCCACAGAGAAGUCCCUCAUGUGUUCGCUCAUCUUCCUCACCAUCAACUGGUUCCGAGAGGUCGUCAAUGCCUUCUGCCGGCAGACAUCCGCCGAGAUGAAGGGGAAGGUGCUCACGCGGAUCAAGCACAUCAUCGAGCUCCAGAACAUGCUGGAAACGUACUUAGCAGUCACCCCGGACUACGUGCCUCCCCUCGCAAGCUUUGACUUGGAGAGUUUGGAGCAAACACCCCAAGCCAGUACUGCUUCCACAAGAACCAGUAAGCAGGGAAAGACGGGAGGAAGAAAACGAAAAGCAGAUGACACCAAAACAUCUGGAGCACUCUCGAAGGAGGAUAAUUCAGAAUGUGACCCUACAUUUUCUGAUAAAAGCCAGCUGGAAAAGGGGUGCACAGAGAAAGAAGAGAAGGCAUCGGUGUCGCUGCAGAAUUACCGCACCUUCUUCCGAGAGCUGGACAUUGAGGUCUUCUCUAUCCUGCAUUGCGGGCUCGUGACCAAGUCCAUACUCAACACUGAGAUGCAAACCGAGGCCGUAGAAGUUGUGCAGCUCCAGCCCCCCGAGCUGCUCCUGCUGCUGGAAGACCUCUCCCUGAAGCUGGAGAACGUGCUGCUCCCUUCUGUCAACAAGAGAGCGCCCUUCCUCAAGAACAAAGGCAGGCGGAAUGUUGGCUUCUCGCAUCUCCACCAGAGAUCUGCCCGGGAGAUCUCCCGGCAUGUUGGCCAACUGCUGACCCCGUUAUGUAACCACCUGGAGAACAUCCACAACUAUUUCCAGUGCUUAGCUGCUGAGAACCGUGGGGUCACCGAUGGCCCAGAAACCAGAGACCCGGAGUACCACAUUAUGUCUUCCUGCUACUUACGGCUGCUGCACGUUUUGCUGGCGUUCUUUUCCUGGAACGGAUUUUCUCAACCUGAAAAUUUGCAGUUACUGUAUUUUUCCCUGGAGGGUUUCAGCAACCGCUUCAACCCGCAAGGCCCUGACCAGGCCCAGGAGCUGCUGCUCAGCCAGACCGUCCGUUACUUGCAGAACUUCAGCCCCAGCCUGCCCAACUUCCAGUGCGCGCUCGUUCUCCUCAGGCUCCUCAUGGCGCUCCUGGAGAAGUCCAUCGCUCCCCUUCCCAGCAAGGAGAAAAUCGCUGCCAUGGCCCGGCAGAUCCUGUGCCGUGCGUGGCCGAGCAGCGAGAAGGAGAAGGGCCGCGUGUGGCACGAGCAGCUGCACACCGUGUUCUGCAUCUACCUGCAGCACACGGAGGGCGUCCUGAAGGCCAUCGAGGAGGUCGCGGGAGGUGCCGUCCCCGAGCUCAUGAACCUGCCUAAAGAUGCCGCCUCCCCGUCGUUCCCUACUUUGACUAGGGGCACCUUUGUCACUUUCUUCCGGGUGAUGAUGGCAGAGCUGGAGAAGACGGCGAGACGCCUUCAGCCUGGCAAAGCAACCGACGUGGAUGAGAUCCACGAGGAGAAGCUUCUCUACUGGCACAUGGCCGUGCGCGACUUCAGCAUACUCAUCCACCUGAUCAAGGUCUUUGACACUCGUCAUGUCCUGCAUGCCUCUCUGAAGUACGGACGCCUGUUCGUGGAGGCCUUCCUGAAGCAGUGCAUGCCGCUCCUGGACUUCAGCUUCCGGAAGCACCGGGACGAUGUCCUGCGCCUGUUGGAGACCAUGCAGCAGAGCACCCGGCUGCUGCACCACCUGUGUGGCCACUCCAAGAUUCACCAGGACACAAAUCUCACCAAAAGCGUGCCGCUGCUCAAGAAGACCCUGGAGAUGCUGGUGUGCCGGGUGAAGGCCAUGCUCGCCUUCAACGGCUGCAGCGAGGCCUUCUGGCUGGGCAACCUCAAGAACCGGGACUUGCAGGGUGAAGAGAUCGUGUCCCAGAAUUCCCAGGAGAGCACGGCGGAGAGCGAGGACGACGCGUCUCCCCAGGCCUCUGGGAGCCGAGCAGCAGAGGAUGGUGAAGAUGGUGAAGCCAGUGAUGAAGAAAAGGCGUCAUCCCCUGACGUCAGCGACGACAAUUCCGACUAGAUGUGAGCGCCCCGAGCGGUGACGGCUCUGGUCAUUCACAUGCUGACUGUGACGGUGACGAUUCUGAUAGACAUGAGCGCCCCGAUGGGUGACAGCUCUGAUCACACACACGAUGACUAGUGACAGUGACGGUUCUGAUUAGACGUGCGCCCCGACUAGUGACAGCUCUGAUCACACACCAACUGGUGACCGCUCUGAUUGCACACAUGCUGGCUAGUGACAGUGACAAUUCUGAUUAGACGCUCGCACACCCCGAGUAGCAGUGACAGCGAUCACACACACGCCAACUGUUAAUAGUGCCAGUUCUGAUAAGACGCACACGCAGCCCAACUAGUCAUGACAAGUCACACCGACCGUGAUGACAACUGACCCCACACACUGACUAGUGACGACAGCGACAACGUUGGUUACACACACCAACCAGCCAAUGGUGACAGUUGAUGAAACGCACCCGACACAGUAAAGACAGUGACGAUUGGUGACAUGCACACCCCAGCAAGUGAUGACAGUGCCAACUGCUCCGUUGCACGCCCAGCGUACACGCAUGACUAGUGCCUCCCCGCCCCGUCUGUGUGUCCGUGCUCAGCCUUCACCCUGUUCAUGCCUGCUGGCCCCCUUCCUGACAAAAAGGAUCUUAUUUGGGCCUUAAUGACCCGAGGAUUUGUGUUCGGAGUCUGCCUGCUGUCUGCCUUUCAGAUGGAAAGUGACUUGUUUGGGCCUUCUUGGGUUUGUACUGCAUCCUUUUAAGAGAAUCACUUCGGUCGUUGUGAGAAGCACCUUAACGUGGCUCAGGUUCACGGCGGUGAGGAACGUGGCAGGCCACGCCGCCAAGCGGUCAGUGUUCCGGGCCUCAAGCCAAUCCCUAUAUUUGAAACUCUGGUGUAUCUUAGGAUUUAGAUUUGUGCUGUGCCAGUUUCACAAAUAAAGUUUCGUGUUGCAGCUUCA